AAAAAAUUGUAUGAGUAAAUCUACUAAACGAAGGAGAUUGUUGGAAGAAACGGCAAAUGUAUUAGACAAUUUUCUUGAAAUUCCUCCAUUAACAAGUCCUUUGAGUGUAUGUGUUUCUAAUGUGUCAGUUAAUGACGAUUUAGAGGACAAUUCUGAUUUAAAUGGUAUUGAGAGAAAUAUAAGUCCAGCAUCUGCAUCUCAUCGUUCCAAUGUUAUAAAAACUAUCAAUAUUAAUGAAAACAUAUUAAAUAAAGAAAUUAAUAAUUUAGAAAAAAUUUACCAGGGACAAUUCAAAUUGUGUAUAUAGUGUUGAUGAUAGAAGUGAAACAUUUGAAAACUUUCAACAAUUAGAUAUGAAGAGUGAAUUAAGUAAAUGGGCGGUUGAGUAUAACGUACCAAAUAAUACACUGUCUGGUUUAUUAAAAGUUUUAAAAAAAACAUGAUUGUUUUAGUAGUUUUCCCAGUGAUGCUAGGACUAUUCAUCAAACUAAUACUAAUACUCCAUAUAGCCAACCUAUACAAAUUAAAACUGUAUCACCUGGUAUAUACCAUCAUUUUGGAUUAGCAAAUGGAAUACAACAAACUAUAGACAAAUGUUUUUCUGAUGAAACUAUUAAGUUAGUAAUUGGAGUUGAUGGUCUGCCCUUAGCUAAAAGUUCCGGCAGUACUUUUUGGCCUAUCUUAGGUUAUAUAAGGCAAUUUAACCAAACUGUGUUUCCUAUAGGAAUUUAUUGGGGUCAUGAAAAGCCUGGUGAUAGUAAUAUUUUCAUGAAUGAUUUUAUAGAAGAGGUUAGGGAUCUCAUUUUAAAUGGAAUUACUGUUGAAUUAUUUAAUAAAGAUAAACAAUUAGUAAAUUUAAAAAAAAAAAUUGCAAUUGAUGCAUUUUGUUGCGAUGUUCCCGCAAAGGCAUUUUUAUUAAAAACAAAGGGUCAUACUGGCUUUUAUUCUUGUUCUAGAUGUUCAGUACAGGGUACUUUUUUACUUCGACGUGUUUGCUUUCCAGAUUUAGAAUGUUCAAAAAGAACUCACCAAGAUUUUUUAAAUAAAAUUCAAGAACAACAUCACACUCCAGGUCAUAUUACUAAUAUAAUUAAUAUCCCUGAUAUUGAUGUUGUUCAAAACUUUUCUAUUGAUUAUAUGCAUUGUGUUAUUUUGGGAGUUAUGAAAAAAAUGCUUAUGCUAUGGAAAGGAAGUGGUGAAAUUGGUAGAGUAGGUGUAAAUAAACAAAAAUUACCCUCCAACUUAGUUAAACAAAUAUCUACUCGUCUAAUAUCAUUAAAAAAAUAUAUACCUUCUGAUUUUAGUAGAAAACCUCGGAGUUUAGAUGAAUUAAGUCGAUGGAAAGCAACUGAAUUAAGGCAAUUUUUGCUAUAUACCGGACCUGUAGUGCUUUAUUUACAAGUGUCAAAAAAAAUUUAUUACAAUUUUCUUUACUUAAAUGUGGCUAUGACUAUAUUCUUAAGUCCCAAUUUUAACCACCUUGCAUUAGAUGCUCAGGCUUUAAUGGUAAAUUUUGUUAAACAGUUUGGUAAAUUAUAUGGUAAUAAAUUUAUAUCUAACAAUGUACAUUCAUUAAUUCACUUAUAUGAUGAUUAUGAAAAAUAUGGUUCACUAGAUCAGGUCAGUUGCUUCAAGUUUGAGAACUAUAUGAGUAAAUUGAAAAAAAUGGUUAGAAAAAAUGAAAAGCCUCUCCAACAAGUAGUAAAAAGAUAUUGGGAACAAUGUAACCUCAAAUUUGACCAUGAAACUACAAUGUAUUUCAACAAUGAUAAUAUUAGACCAAAGUUUGAAAAAUUACACACUGAAGGUCCUUUAAUUAGAGAUAUGGCUUCACCACAGUAUAAAAUAUUAAUCUUAGAAAAAAUAAUUAUAAAAAUUCAUUCUGAUUCUGAUUCAUAUGCAAGUGUAAACACCAAUGGAGAAACUAACAUUAUUAAGAUAGUAAAUAUUUGUUAUAAUUCACUCUUGAAAAAAGAAGUUAUAUUAGGUAGAAAAUUUGAAACUGUAGAAUGUUUCUUUAAAAAACCAAUAAAAAGUUCUGACAUAGGAGUAUAUAAAAUUAGUAAUUAUUCCAAAAAAGUUGAAAUGUGGAAUAUUGGUGAUUUAAAAGUUAAAUAUGCUGUGUUACCUAUUGAUGAAAAUGUGUCUGUAGGUACACCAAUUAUUCAUUUUAAUAAUUAA